GUUUUCAAUUUUAAAAUUUUUUUUCAAAAUUCACCAUUAAUUCAAACUGACUUUUCUCUAUUUUUUCUAAUUGUUUUAACUUUAUUUCCUCUCUUUAAAAGUUUUCAUUUACUUGAAUCGUUUCUCUUCUUUUUGAUUAUAUCUUUUUUUACAUAUUUUUAAUUUUUCAGAUUUUAAUUGAAAUUCUUUUGUGUAAUUCCUUUUUUUUAUAGUGUUCUUUUCUAUUUUUAUUUUUCUUUCCUAUAAUCUUUUUUUAAAUUUAAAAUCUCCUUUUAUGAAAAGUUUAUUUAAUAAAAUAUUUUCAAAAUUAAUUUUUAAUUUUGGCAUCAUUGGUGUUUUUUAAUUGAAUUUAAUAAUUUAUUUUCUAUUAGAGAGUGCUGGACUAUUUAAUAUUUUCUUUAAAUUUAAUUUUCUUUCAGGGCCUCUUAAAUAUGAUACUUCUAGGCCUCGCUGUCAGUUUUAUAGUUAUUGGAGGUGCAAUUCCGUAUGUCUUUCAAUAUGCCGAAAUUUAUCAAAGAAAAAGUGCUGCUGGAUUUUCUUUGCUUGUUUGUUUGGCACUUUGUAUUGCUAAUAUUUUGAGAAUUGAAUUUUGGUUUGGGAAACAAUUCGAAACACCUCUUUUGGUUCAAAGUAUUGUUAUGUUGCUAGUUAUGGUUGCAAUGUUGGAAAUUUCUGUUCGAAUGAAUCGGCGUUUAAUUCCAUCCUAUCAACGUUCUUCUAUUUGGAGUAAGUUUAUUUUUAAAAAUUUAAACAUUAAUUUCUUUUGUAUUACAAACAAUAUAAAAAUUAAAAUUUUUAUCAUUUUUAAUUUCUUUUUUAUUUUCUUCUAA